CUCCCUCUCACCCUCCCCCUUUACUGCCAGCCCCACAGACUCGCAUCUCCUUUUUAGCAAAAACUUUUCAACUUUUGUCGGCCCCCCCGACUCCCCCCUCCCCAGUGCUCCCCUUUCCCCCCCACUCCACCCCUAAGCCAGGAGCACCAACAACAGUAACAACUAGCAGGGCGACCAGAGUGGAACGGGUUGGUUCGGAGAAGUGCAGGCCCUCUGCGGGAGGGACUGGAGGCAGGCCGGCGGGGAGGAUGUGGAUCUGGUACCUGCUCCUCGGUUCGGGCUCCGGUUCCAGCUCGGUCGAAAGCCAACUGCUCCCUGGAAAUAAUUUCACAACAGAGUGCAACAUUCCAGGGAAUUUUAUGUGUGGAGAUGGAAAGUGUAUCCCUGGGGGCUGGCAGUGUGACGGGCUACCGGACUGCUUUGACGAAAGUGACGAACGAGCCUGCCCCAAAGCGAAGUCCAAGUGCGCUCCGACCUUCUUCGCCUGCGCCAGCGGGAUGCACUGCAUCAUCGGCCGAUUCCGCUGCAAUGGCUUUGAAGACUGUCCGGACGGCAGCGACGAGGAGAACUGCACCGCCAACCCUCUCCUCUGCUCCACGGUGCGUUUUCACUGCAAGAACGGCCGCUGUGUGGACCGCAGCUUCCUCUGCAAUGGGCUGGACAACUGCCAAGAUAACAGCGACGAAGAGGACUGCGAGAGCACGUCAGAAGCCGUCCCAGGACAGGACUUUGUGACGCUGGAUUACCGGCUUCGCUACCACCCCACCAUCACGUACGCGGUCAUCGGCAGUGCCGUCAUAUUUGUGUUAGUGGUGGCCCUGCUGGCCCUGGUUCUGCAUCACCAGCGCAAGCGAAAUGUCCUCCUACCCCGAGUGGCGGCGCCCCUUCACCGCCUGCACCAACCUCUGCUGCUCUCCCGCCUGGUUAUCCUGGACCAGCCGCAGCCUUGUCCGACCAGCGCCAGCGCCGCCUCAUACAGUCCAUCACGGGGCAUCCAGCUGCUGUCUGGGACCUUCUACCACUGUGACCUGGCCAUGGAGACCCCUCCUUCAUACUCACAAGCGGCCCUCGACCACAGCCGACCUCCUUGGUUUGAUUUACCUCCACCUCCUUACUUCCAUGAUGGAGAGGACCAGUCCGGUAGAGGGAGCCCCCCGAGGCGGGACAGUCCCAGCAUGGAGUGCUCCGAUCCCCCUCAGUAUGAAGGACAGUCGAGUGCGGUCUGAGUGCAGAUGGCGGCCAUAGACACACAGUAGGUGACGUGAUGAGAGCAGAUCAAGACGGACCUGGGCCGAGUCUACAAACCAAAUCAAAGAGAGCAGGACCCCCACUAUAAAGGGAGACAUGAGCCGCUCUUUCCAGGCUGAACUUGUGAAUGGCAGGAUUUAAAAAAGAAAAACAAGCAACUGGUCACAAGCCUCAGGAAUUCCAUUUGGAAUUUCAAAGUUGGGAGUUUUCCGAGAGACAUUCCCAGCUUUAUUAGAGCAACCCUGGUGGGGCAUGGAGAAGAAAAAUGAAUCUGAGGGUUGGGAAAGGUCUGUUGGGAAGCCCACCGAGGACCUCAUCUCAUCUUUGCAUAUGCAAUAUGAUAGAGGAGGCGCUUUAAGGAGGAGAGCAAAGCAGCACUCCUGGUGGGGUGGGGUGGGGGGCUCGGGGUCCCACCAUGUUUGAUUACAUUUUUACAGACAGAGGCUGCUCACCAAGCCCUCAGUGGUCACUUCAUCGUUUAAUUAGAGUCUGUGAUCUGACUGGGAGAUUCGCUCAGAUGAGGGUACUAAAGGGGCAUAAAGACUAGACAGUGACCAGUGUGAGGGGGCAAAGUGAUAAUCGGAGAGCGACAAUCUAAGAAUGAAAUGAUGGGGUGACCAUAUAGUGCCUUGAGUUAUGAUAACUAAUCCCUAACCAUAGCUUGUGUUUAAUUCUCAAAUGAAAUCAGUGUCCCAGCCCGGGCAGUGCCAGGUACAAAUGGACAAGCAACAAAGUUGAAGAGAAAAGAUCUUAUCAACGAUCAAGCAGUUCAGAUCCACACCGUUGAACUCAAGUCUGUGAUGUCUGGCACCGUUUUCCUGUUUGUACAAGGGAAGACCCUUGGCAGCAUUUUGUUGCAAAAUUGUGCCGGUGCCCCCACCCCGGGCAGUGCCCUGCUGGCGUUGCUCUGUCACGCCAUCUCAAAUUGUGCAGAGAACACCAUAGUCUGUGCUUCAUUCUGAAACUGGCUUCAUGCCCCCAGCCUGGGCAGUGCCACGUACAGGAGCUGAAUAUAGUGCCUGUCAAUACCUAUACAAGGAAUUCAUUCACCCCCUCAAAGGUUUUCACAUUUCAGUGCUCAAGAAUCACAGUGGAGUUAAUUUGACUCAUUUGACAGUGACCAACAAAACAAGACCCUUUAAUGUCAAAGUGAGAACAAAUUAAUUACAAAUAUAAAAAAUAUAAAUAAUUCUAAUCCUAAUUUGAUGUGUGACAAAUUUAAGGACUUACUUCAUGAGGUAAAAGUACAUCAUAAAUAAGAAGAGCUGAAUCAAACAUCUGAAAUAUUCAAAUGUGUGCUUCAGUUUAAAUGUUUCAGGGUCUCAGUAUUCACAAUUGUAAUAGAAAAUGUGUUAUUUGUCACCUUCAGAAAGUUCCAUAAAGGGAUAGCAAAGGAUCAAAAGUCAAAAAUCACCCCUUGCUUGUGUCACUGACCUUUAAGCAGCCUAAAACGAUACCCCACAUGCCUAUGUUUGAAAUUUGUCAUUUGUCACCCUCUGAUAGAGAGGUCCGUAGAGAGCUUGCAAAUGGUCAAAAAUCAAAAAUAACCUCAUAUUUGUGUCACUGACCUUUAAGCAGCCUAAAAUGAUACCCCACAUGCCCAUGUUUGAAAUUUGCCAUUUUUAACCAUCUGGUUUAAGAGGGCUAGGUCCACCGGUAAAGAAUCAAACAUCAGAAAUAUGAUUAUAUCCAUGAUCAGCAACCUUGAAAUAGCAUAAAAUGACACUCCAUGUGACAAUAUUACUGAUUUCUCUUUUAUUUCCAAGUUUUGUCAAAAGAAGUAAGCCACCCCUCCUAUCCCAUUAUGGGGACACAACUUCAAGACAUUCUGAUCAUUGUUGCUGAAGACCCCUAUUGGUUUACUGUUUAUCAUAGGGAAGUCGUUUCCUGCAAAACAUCUGGUCCAAACAUGGCGUAAAAAAUGAGAACAAAAAUAGGGGGGACCCCAAACAUCUCGAUGUCUGACAUAACUAGACAUCAAGCUGAGUCAAAUGGGGCAUCAAUAUGUGGGGGGGCUUUCGUAGGCUGGUGAGUCAGGAGACACAAAACAUAAAAAAAACACAUAAAUGAAGCAUUCAGGAGGAAUUCCUAAUGAACACCAAACCAUUGAUCUCACAAGUGUUCAUUCACCCCCUUCAUUAGGACAGCCCAUUGGUUUUAGAAGUCCCAUCACGAGUUCAGUGGAGAUCACCUCUGUGGGAUUUCAGCUGAAUGUAAGUGGAAGCUCCAACUGGUAGUGAGUUAGUAUUCUGGCCUGACCUAAACAAUGAAGACAAAAGACCACUCCAAGCAUCUCAAUGAAAAGCCCAAGUCCUGGGAUGUAGACAUGAAAAUCUCCAACUCACUGACUAUCUAGUGAAAUCGGUUAUGAAGAAAAUGGGAAGAGCGUGACAAAGCUGGAAAUCUGGUAGAGCACAAAAAGCUGUAGAAGACAAGUCAGGGUGGCCACCAUAAUGCCUUUGAGAGCACUGAAGGAGUCACAAGUUACAGUGGAUGAGAUUAGCGAGACUGCACAGCCAAUAACUGGGCCCUGGUGCUUUACCAGUCACAGCUUUAAGGGAGACUGGCAAAGAGAAAAAAAAAAGCACAGGGCAUCUCAGGCAGAAGGUACAUGGGAGAGUGUGAAGUCAGUUAGAUGAAGGUUCUGUAGUUGGAUGAUACCAAAAUAGCCAUGAACACACCAUCCACACUAUGAAGCAUGGUGGUGACAGGUUCAGGCAGUGGAGAUGCUUCUCUGCAGCAGGCCCUGGAAGGCUUGUGAGGGGAAAAAUGAAGUGAAACAUUGGAAAAUCCUGGAGGAAAACCUGAUGUUAUCUGCAAGAAACCUGCACUUCGGGAGAAGACAAUGGACCCAAGCACAAAGCCAAAGAUUACACGGGAAUGGCUUCAAAACAACAACAUGAAAGUCCUGGAGUGGCGGAGUCCAGAUUUUAAUCCAUUGGAGAAUGUGUGGCUGGUCUGGACAAAGUCUCUUCACUCACGACCUUAAUGGUGACUUCUAGCGAGUUCAGGUACUGCAGCAUUUUGUGUAUUGUGGAGAUCCAUCUUAAAGUUCUUGUUCCAGAUGUUAUUUUAGUGCUGAAUGAAUUCUUGUGAUCUCAUAAGAUUAAAAAGGCAGGAGGGGAACUGGACAUCUACGUGAAUGAGCAGUGGAGAGAAAGCGAGCACAUUACAAUGAGAACUAAAACGAGGAAAGCAGACAUUGAACUACCAGCUGGGCAAAUUCAUCCAUGUUACUUGACAGGAGAGAAAAACAACAUCCAUCCAUUUCAAAACCAGGGCAGGGGAUCUGGAGCCUAUUGGGCAUAAGAUGGGAACAAGCCUUGGGGUGCCAGUCCAUCACAGGUGAAUGCACACAAACACACACACACACACACAUAUAUAUAUAUAUAUAUAUAUAUAUAUACAUCUAACAGGCCCAGUUUAACACUGCCAGUCUACCUCACCGACAUGUCUUUGGACUGUGGGAGAAACCAGAGCACCAGGAGGAAGCCCACACAGACACGGGGAGACAUGUCCCAUCAUAUCCACCAUCUACAAGCAGAAAUGAUUGUGUCUACUGCUGACACUCUAAUGUCAGAGCAUCCUGAACCUGUAGUUAGAGUAAGUGGAUACGACAACCACGGCACUUUGGAAGGAACAACGAGCAGCUUCCAUCAGUAGGUGUCACGUGCCACUUGUGGACACAACAAGCCAGACCUCCAUGAAAUAAAUGUCAAACACAGAGCUUGAUGACUCUUCUUUACUUACUCUCUAUCAUUUUGAUGUACUGCCUUUUACAUCUAUCCAUCUAUUAUAACACUGCCUUUCAUAACUAUUAUAUAGUGCCUUUCACAUCUAGCUACCUGCUAUAUAGUGCCUUUCCAUUCCAUCUAUUUUACAGUGCCUUUCAUAAUUAUUAUUAUUAUAUCCAUGCAUCAUAUAGUACCUUUCACUCUACCUAUCUAUCAUAUAGUGCCCGUCACAUCUAUCUCUCUAUAUAGUGCCUUUCCUAUCCAUCAUACAGUGCCUUUCACAUCUAUUUAUCUAUUAUACACUGCCUUUCCUAUCUAUUAUAUACUGCCUUUCAUAACUAUUAUAUAGUGCCUUUCCUAUCUAUCCAUCUAUCAUAUAGUGCUUUUCCUAUCCAUCAUACAGUGCCUUUCACAUCUAUUAUACACUACCUUUCAUAACUAUUAUAUAGUGCCUUUCCUAUCUAUUAUAUAGUGCCUUUCCUAUCUGACUAUUAUAAAGUGCCUUUCACUCUACCUAAUUAUCCUAUAAUGCCUUUCACAUCUAUCUAUCUACUAUAUAGUGCCUUUCCUAUCUAUCCAUCUAUUAUAGAGUGCCUUUCAUAUCUAUGCAUCAUAUAGUACCUUUCACUCUAUCUAUCAUACAGUGCCUUUCACAUCUAUCUAUCUAUUAUAUACUGCCUGUCAUAACUAUUAUAUAGUGCCUUUCACACUACCUUUUUAUCCUAUAGUUCCUUUCACAUCUAUCUACUUGCUGUAUAGUGCCUUUCCUAUCUAUCUAUCUGUCUAUUAUAGAGUGCCUUUCAUAUCUAUGCAUCAUAUAGUAUCUUCCAUUCUACCUAUCUAUCAUAUAGUGCCCUUCACAUCUAUCUACCUGUUAUAUAGUGCCUUUCCUAUCUAGCCAUCUAUUAUAGAGUACUUUUCAUAUCUAUUUAUCAUAUAGUGCCCUUCACAUCUUUUAUAGUGCCUUUCACAUCUAUAUAGCCUUUCCUUUCACAUCUAUUAAUUAUAUGUUAUAUAGUGCCCUUCACAUCUAUCUACCUAUUAUAUAGUGCCUUUCCUGUAUAGCUCUCUAUCAUGACAGAGCUUGUUUUACAAAGAAGGCUGUGCUGAGCGCGUAGAUUCAAAGCUGGCAUGGCUGCCACCUACAAAGCACUGACCUGAAUGGGGUGAAGACUUGCGUGAUCAAUGAGUUUGCAUUUUAUAUUUGUCAUCAAUUCAGACCAUUUUGCAGAGAUUUGUUGUCACUUUGACAUUAAGGGGUCUUUUUCCGUUGAUCGGUUUUGUUAAAACAGCCAAAUUAAAUCCCCGGUGAUUCACUGUUGUGUAACAAGAAAAUGUGAAAACCUCCAAGGGAGUAAAAGUCUUUUUAUAGGCGCUUUAUUUUUACUAAUUAAAGAGUGUCACUCCUUAUGAUUAUAAAGCAAAGGCAACAAACUUCACAAUGGAGAAUCAGUAAGAGUGCCGGCGUCCGAGGUUACGAGCGUAUGGCGUGUAGGUGACGCACACAUGAGAUGUCACACUCAACAUGGCGUGCUGGGUGGCACAGUGGCCUUCCCUUCCUAAACCCGUCAUAUCCUGUGUGGAUUUUCGAUGCAGACAUCACUUUCCUCUCCUCUAUCCUCUAUUAUUGGUGUCAAAUCUCAAUGAGCCCAAUGUGACGGCGUGUAUGUGUGGUGGUGCCCUCUGCUGGAUCAGCAUCCCUUCCAUGGUGGGUGCCCACCUUUGCAUGACGCUGUUGGAUCAAUAAGGAGUUAAGAAAAUGGAAGAAGGAAUAUCAACAGCCACCCCCUAAACUCAAAAACUGUAAUGCAAGGAACUUGAUAAAUUAUUCAGACCCCUUCGCUUUCUGCACACUUUAUCAUUCUGGUAUAUUGAAUGAUUGUCAAAAAUGUCAAAUGUUGUGUCAUUUUCUAACCCAUUUAAUUUAUACCAGGGUUGCAUUGGGCACUGCAGCCUAAUUCAGCUAGAAAUUCGAGGGCACACAGCAGAAAGAAACCCUGUACAGGGCACCAGUCCAUUGCAGGGUGAACACACACACACACACGGGCCACUUUUAAAGUCCCCAGUUCACCUAACCUGUGUGUCUUUGGACAGUGGGAGGAAACCCACACCGACACGGGGAGAACCUGCAGACCCCAUGCAGAUCAGACCUGAUACACAUACCCUGGUCUCCUUACUGGGAGGCAGCAGAGCUACCACUGUGCCACCUAAUGUCCAAAGAAUCCAUUAGAAAUUCAAUGUACCAUAAUAAUAAAGUGCCGAAAGUGAAGUGGUCUGAAUACAAAUCCUCUGUACAUGUUAUACUGAAAGGCGCCAUACAAGCACAACACUCCUGUUUUGAUAAUGAGGUUUAACAACUUCUUGUUUUUCUAUAUGCACACAUUUUAAAAUACCAUCAAAUCGGAGAAUGCUAAACCUGAAUGACCCUCAGUGGCACAUACACGUGGCCUCGUACAUUUCCAGAGUGACCCCAUUCCAAUGUCAGGACAUUUUAUGACGUCAAUGCCUACAGAGUAAACCGGACGGGUUUAGUGGCCGGCGAUGCCAGCAUCAAGUCUAUCCACACCACCACCGUUUUCUGUUCUUCUGGAGCACUUCAACGUCUCUGUCUUGAGCCAUCUUGUACCCAGCCAUCCUUUUUGGUUUAACUAGAAAUCAUUCAAACAGUGAAGACUUUGGCCAGUAAGCCAUUGACUCGGCCACCUCGUCCCCUGGACUGACACUACGACCGGACAUUUCAUUUCUCAGCCUUUUUCGAGUGUCAUAUCUGAGGAUUUUUUUUAUUCUGUUAGAUUCAACGCCUACAGCUCUUUCUAUAAUCUGAUGUUUGAAUAUUGUUUUCUAAAUGCUUAUUAAGGUAAAGUAAUAUAAAUUAUUUCCCAUCCCC